UCCAGUCCUCUGCUUCGUGAUGAUGUCUGCAUUCCCAUCUUGAGGCAGACAGGACGCCCGCAUUAUAGGCUUGGCUCAGUUUCUAUUCAUCAUCGCUCUUAAAAAAACACGAAAAUUAUAAGCUACUUCAUGUUGACAUGGUCAAAGAAAAAGACUUGAAAUAACAAUUCAAAGUAGAUACGGUAGGGUAGGGCAAUGCGCGCCGUAAUAUUAAAUUUGCUUGUAACAACAGUGGCCAAGGCUGCCGCUGGCACCACUAGAACGCACUGACGGGAAAAACACGCUACGACAUUGCGAAUACAGGGUAGGCUAUCUAAACGGCGAGAGGCAACUGUGAGAGCUCGCCAGGCUAAUUUGGGUUCUCAAGGGGAAUAAAUAUCCAAGCCUUGUAUUUCGGUCAACAUAGUUUGAUUAGUCGCGUGCACGGGUUAGUGUGGUUCUAUGCGAGCGUCGAAAUGAAUCAAAAUCGGGUUGGACACGAUGGGAAUUCGAGCAGAAUAGAUGGCAAUGGAACCGAUGGCAGUAUCGGCGGCAGCAACAUCGGUGGUACCUCCAGGCUUCAGCACUACGGUCAGCCUCAAAGUUGCCGGACCAGAGACGUGCGCGCCCAGCAGCAGGUUCGAACGCACAUCGGUUCAGUCGUGAAACAGCCGCCGCAUUCCGAACCUGCGGACUUAGUCAGACGUGCUUUGGACUUCAAGACACAGGGAACCCAGUGCUACAAGGAUAAAAAAUACAGGGAGGCGAUAGGCAAGUACCACCGGGCGCUGCUCGAAAUGAAGGGGCUGUGUCGGGUAUUUGGAGACCCCGAUGCCAGCUGUAAGUCGCCCUCUUCUACACUGGCAACUAUAAGUAAGACACCGCUAACGGAUGAACAAAAGGGUGCCAUGGAGAACGCCGAGCUCGAAUGCUACAACAGUCUCGCAGCGUGCCUAUUGCAGAUGGAGCUUGUGAACUAUGAGCGCGUGAAAGAGUACUGUCUGAAGGUGUUACGGAAAGAAGGGGAGAACUUCAAAGCAUUGUACCGUUCCGGGGUCGCCUACUACCACCUGGGGGACUUUCAAAAGGCCCUACACUACCUGAAAGAGUCGCAUAAACAGCAACCAUCAGACACCAACGUUAUCCGCUACAUCCAGUUGACAGAGAUGAAGAUCCGCCGUAGUGCUCAAAGGGAGAAAGAGGCCUUGUAAAGAGAGGCCGUCGUUGCUACGGAAACACUGCCAGGCAAGCCCCGCACCAGCACCGCAACCUGGCAACGUCCCACACCUUUUUUUUUUGGAUGACUUUUCCAGAAGCCACAAAUUCCGGCCAGACCUCUCCUCUUCCACUGUGUUUUUGGGGGAAAGUCUGUAAGGUGCACAUUUCUUUGGCUAUGUACAGUCGUUUUCGGAUCUAAACUCCAUAUUUUAUCGUUCCAAAUUUGGCCCGAUCAGAAAGCACCGUUCAAAUUCGUAUUAGCAUGUAGAAGGUAAGUGAUUUCCAUGUACAUUUGUGUACAUUUUGAAUGUACACAAAUACUAGUUACCCAGCAUGCUAACUGAAGCCUACAGCUCUCUCUGAAAAGUCUUGGUGACAAGCUGCUCAGUUCCAGCACACGCGCCUGCAUAGGUGUACCACCAGCUAAGUGAGCACCAAUACAUGCGUUGGACUUGGUUUUGCCACAGUUCACUCUAAUCUUUUGUAACCUUUUUUUUUUUUUUUAAAUCUCUGAAAAGGGAAUUCUGUUUUGUAGUUUUAAUGGAGCUCCCCCUGUGACCUACUGGCUUUUAUAUGUGGCACUUUUAAUCUUUCAUCCCUUAUGAUAUUUUCCCUUUGUGAUAUAGCAGCAUCUUUUUGUACAUCAGACAGGCCUUACAAAGUUCUGUGCACUAUUGUGUUUUAUCACACCGUACUUCACUAAACUGUUGGAAGUCACCUGUGUAUUUCUUAUAAAGAGUAUUAAGGUGGGUUCACUGUCACAGACUCUCUUAAAAGGGGCAGUUCAUCCAGAAAUUAAGUUAUGUCUCCACUUAGUCAGAGUACUGUCUGUGCAUCCAGAUGGUUUCGCUGAGAUUUGACGAGUUUUAUAGAUAUCCGCUGCGGCUCACUCUGAUACAACAGACAUCAAUGGAUCUGUAGCUGUAGCGCCAAAAAUUAAUUUAAAAAAAAACAAAAACUCAAGGUCUCUUUCCAAAUAUAAUGGCACAGUUACUCACAAACAUCCACAGACCUUAAUUUGUGCACGAUUUCAUCGAAAAUGACUUACCAAAGCAAACCAGUAUUCUGGGGUGCACUGUCAACAUUGUUUUAAAACAAGUAAAAC